AUGCCUAUAUUUUCUUCGGAAAGUUCUAAAGCCUCACUUUUUACAUUUAGGCUUUAAACCAUCUUGAGUUUAUCUUUGUGUACUAUUGCAUGAGGUGUCUUUUUUCCAUGUGGAUAACGAGCUGAGCCAUCAGCACUUAUUGUAGUCCAUUCUUUUCCCACUGCCAUUAGAAGUUUACCUCACUGCCCACAUCCAGGCCUUCAGGGAAGUCCUAGUUCUCUUUUCCAUCUCAGCAUUGCCAUCCAGUCCUCUCUGGCUGUUUUCACAGUUGCCCUGAUCCAGAUGUUGGUUUCUUCAAGCUGCCUUUCUACAUCUGCCUCCAUAUCUCCACAUGCCUCCAUUCUGAAGCAUCCAGACUUGCCUUCCUGAAGUAGCAGGUUCUAGGAGUGAUUUCCUGGUGCCUCUCAGGACCAUGGGUCUUGCCCAGGAGCGCUCUGAGAGUCGUUAGAGAGCUGCUCUUGCUUCUGGGGCCAUGGGUCAUGUUUAGAGGCCACAGGGACACCCUGGAAAAGACUAGAGGCAAGUUCAAAUGAAAUUUGGGCUCCUGGCUCACAUUGGUAAAUUUAGGGUCACAGUUUGUGGUGCUCACGGUGGAGGAUGGUUGCUGACCUUUCCCUCAAGGGUUGGUGAUGAUGGAAGAGCUCACAGGUCCCUCUCAUGUGGCUCUCACGUGGAGAGACCAGAGGCACCAGGAGGCGGUUGUUGGAGUAGGAUAAACAGUAUCCCCAGGACUGAUCACAGAGGACGGCUCGGAAGGGCUCAGCGGGCAGGUCCACGAGAUCCAGUCUCACAUGGGACGCCUGGAGACGGCCGACAAGCAGUCUCUGCACUUAGUAGAAAACGAAAUCCAAGCAAGCAUAGACCAGGUAUUCAGCCAUCUAGAGCGUCUGGAGAUCUUGUCCAGCAAGGAGCCUCCUAACAAAAGACAGAAUGCCAAACUUCGUGUCGACCAGUUAAAGUAUGAUGUCCAGCACCUGCAGACUGCUCUCCGAAACUUCCAGCAUCAGCGAUACGCAAAGGAGCAGCAGGAAAGACAGCGAGAAGAGCUUCUGUCCCGCACCUUCACCACUAAUGACUCCGACACCACCAUACCAAUGGAUGAAUCACUGCAGUUCAACUCCUCCCUCCAGAAAAUUCACCACGGCAUGGAUGACCUCAUUGGAGGCGGGCACAGUAUUCUGGAGGGACUGAGGGCCCAGAGACUGACCAUGAAGGGGACCCAGAAGAAGCUCCUCGACAUUGCCAAUAUGCUCGGCUUGUCCAACACAGUGAUGCGGCUCAUCGAGAAGCGAGCUUUCCAGGACAAGUACUUCAUGAUCGGUGGGAUGCUGCUCACCUGUGUGGUCAUGUUCCUUGUGGUGCAGUACCUGACCUGAGCCAGCCAGGCCCCGUGGCUGAACAACGGUCCCACGGCGUGAGAGAGUGUGUGAGUGUGAGUGUGCAAAGAGAGGGAGGCCCGGAGGCUGCCUUCUGAAACGCGUGCCCAUCUUAACUGUGAAGACCACUCAGAAGUAAUUGUGGCCUGCAACCUGGUGGGAGUUUCAAACCUCUGUUUUUUGUGGCGUCUUGGAGGGGAAACUCGUGCUACCAAGAUGUGGUGCUUAGGAAAUGAACGAAGUGUCUGUUCUCUCUCAUGCUCGCUGUCACUCUCACUGGGGGAGGAAGUGAUGCAAGGGUAAGGGAGGACCAGGGAGAGGGGAGGAAGAGGAUGGCCUUGGUGGUUUUUGUCCUCGUAGCUGAUGUGCACCCAGGAAGGCUUUCACGGUGAGCUUGCAGACAGGACUGUCCACUCUUUGCCAUCCACUGGCCUUCCUGGCUCCUAGUAGAUAGUCUAGAGCAGAAGCAAAGAGAGGAGGGGAAAGAGGCCUUCUUUUCCUGCACCCACUACAGUAGGUGGGUUCACAUGCUCUUGCUACUAGCCACCUUCCCCCACACCCCUCCAAAAAAUAAUGACAUGCCAAUGACUGACUGCUAAUACUCGUCGUCCUUCCCCGGAAGCAGCUACCUAGAGGAAACAGAGGCAUUGGCGCUGUUGCUGAUAGCAAGAUUUUCCACAUCACGGAUGUUGGGUGUUUCUCCUUUCUAAAGUAAGGCCACUGUUAACUCCCUGGGAACGGUCAGUCUUGAAACUGAAGACCCUAGUCACCGAUAUUUUUCCCAGUAGUUAAUGGUUGGCUUUUAAGACUGCAGCCUGGCACCCGUGUCCAGGCUUUGGUGGGCGUUUGCCCCUUAUCAGGUAGCUGUGAGCAGAGGUUAGUGAUUUGUCUUUUACAGUCUCAUCUCUAGUUUUAGUGUCUCUAAUUAAUAAUUGGCUCUCUUCCCUUCCUUGAGAUAUAUUAGCAACUGCCAGCCAAGCCUCCGUUCUGCCCAGCCAGUGUGAGCACAUGCCACCCUGGAGACGUCUCUGGUGUGUAUGUCCUUGUAAGACUCUGUUUUCAGGGACCAGGACCUUUCUCCUUCUCGGACCAACCCUAGAUUAAGGUUGUACCGGUACCCGGCGUAUUGUGGGAUUUAUUGUAAAGCCAGUCUGUUCAAGAAGACUAAUCACUGAAAGUACCAGAAAGACCUGGUUAGCCUAUUUUUUCAUCUGUCACAGGCCCUACCAGCCCUAGGCUCAGUAUGGCAAGACAUAAAUAACACUCAGAGUUUCCCAGAGGAACUGUAAACCUGGUCAGUAUUAACCCCACCUUUGACUGUCUUGCCCUACCUACUUCCCGCCUUUGUUUCUUGUCAUUUGGACUAUCUUCUGUCAUCUUUCUCUUUUCUGUGUGUUUUCUCUUCCACCUUCCUUCUUUACCACCCCCCCCCAACCUGUUUCUGUAGCAGUAUUGGUCUUUGUAGGCACAUCUGUGGCGUAGAUCCCUUUUGGGGGAAUGAUUCUUAAUUGUCACAGGUUUUGUUUUUUUGUUUUUUUUUGCUGUACGCGGGACUCUCACUGUUGUGGCCUCUCCCGCUGCGGAGCACAGGCUCCGGACGCGCAGGCUCAGCGGCCAUGGCUCACGGGCCCAGCCGCUCCGCGGCAUGUGGUAUCCUCCCGGACCGGGGCACGAACCCGCGUCCCCUGCAUCGGCAGGCAGACUCUCAACCACUGCGCCACCAGGGAAGCCCUGUCACAGAUUUUUAACAUGAGUUUCCUGGGUACUGAUUUCACACUUUUGGUAGGAUCUCUGUUGCUCUUACUUGUCUGGGCUAAACAGGGGCCCUGGGUUUCCAAGGAAAGGGGAAUCUUUGAUCCCUUCAUAAAAGGAUUGAAGGCUCUGCCAGAGUGAAAACAUUGGCCUGGUGGAUGGACAGAGGGGUGGAAGCAUCUUCAGACUAGCUCUGACUUUGGGGAGGCCCAGUUGGAAAUUUCCAUCAUACCCAGCACCCCUGCCAUCCCAGGGACCCAGCACAGGUCUCUUAGCAGUGCAUGAAAUGGGUUUUUAAACUGCACAGACUUGGCUCUGAGCCUGGGCACCUGAGGAUCCUGCCAGACAGUGCACUUUGGAAGAAGAUGUACAAGGAGCAGCUAAGCCAUUUGGACUCGAACUCUGGGGAGGCAGAAACUCCCCCCACCCUCUGCCCUCUGUUGGCUGAUGUGACACCUAUUUGUAAUGUACACCAGUCUGUUUCCACACUUGCCUUUCUAGUGAUUGUUGGCCUCGACGAACCGGAAGUAAGGCCUUCCUUCGUGCUGCACCUUCAGAGCCAUUCUCCCUACUUUGUAAUAAAAAUAGAGGGGGGGCAGUUCGUGGGUCUUCACCACCUGGAGCUAAGGAACAGCAGCCACAGUAUGUCUGGAGACCCUGGGGCACCUCGUGUCAUCGUGUGCUUGCCCUUCCCUGUCACACAUUGGCUUUGAAUGCUCUGUGAGCAACACACUUUGUCUCCACAGUCCUCAGAGUAUAGGGCAGGGUCUCCAGGCCAGGGAAGGAGCACCCUCUAGUGGAGUUGGGGUGAAUUCUCAGGUGCAAGAAUCUCCAGGAGCUGCCUCUGCGACCUUGUACAGGAUUUUGGUGCACCUAUUGUGGUUUAAGACAGGUGGGUUGUCAAGGAACUUGGAGAAUCUUCAUUCCGUGGAUGUGUACUCCAGGUGUGAUAACCUUAAGAAAAGCUGAACUCCACGACCAAGUAAGUAGGAGAGUCUUCAUUUUAUAGAAAGCUUCGCUGCUGGGAUUUUUCCUGUCCUUUGCCCUGAUGAGUUUAAAUGGGUUUGAUUUGCAAAUUUGGCUUUACACUCAUUGUUUUUGAAACACAUCAGUUGAAUAAAGUUGCUGUUUAUUUUA